AUGUCAAACCCAACAUCAGCCCCAAGUUCAUCAAAAAUUUCACUGCCCCCAUCUCCAACGACCACUUCACCUUCCCCUAGCUCACUGACCGUAAAUGCUCUAGUAAUAGAUGACAACAUAAUAACAGGAAAAAUCCUAUCCAAAAUUCUAGAAAAAGAAUUUGGUCACCACGUAACUUGUUUAGAAAGUGGUGAAGCUGCAUUAGAAGCACUUUCGCAAGAAUUAUUCGAUAUCUGUUUUCUAGAUAUUGAUAUGCCAGGAAUCAAUGGAAUGGAAACUGCACUUGCGAUUAGACGUCAAGCUGGCGUAAAUGUUGUUUCAAAUGGAGUGGUGGGGUGUGGCAUUGGGUGUGGCGCCGAAAGCAGUGCAACGUCAACAGGAUCAACUGUGUCCACAGUUUCGGCAUCUGCUUUAGCCGCUGCCUCAAAGAUUUUGGAACAGAACCGUAGUAUUCCAAUUAUCGCUUAUACAACCAAUGAGUGGUCACAACGUUUCAUGGAUGUAGGAAUGAAUGGAUUCUUGGCAAAACCAGCGACAUUGGAAACACUCCGAAGUGAACUUGAGCGAAUUUUUUGA